UCCUUUCAUGGUUAGACGUGCUGUGUUCCACUCAGAAUAUUGCUGGUGGGCAAUGCACAAGUUUAACUUUUGUAUCAGUCCUACAAAUUGUCUCGCAUGUGUUGCAGAGAUAAAAUAGUGGAUUUUACUUAGGGGGUGUGGAGUGGUUUCUGCCAGGAAGCAGGAGCAGUGCUGUUGCCAGGAGUUGUGAUGGUGGAAGCUGUGAGAGGGUCUGUGAAUAGAUGGUUGUAGCUAGUUCCGAGUGGGAUUUCAGGGUUGUGAGAAGGUCUCACUGCAGUGUCUGAGUGGAGGCUCAGUGUUACCUGAUCGCACUCCGCUCCCUAGAACCCUCGUGGUAGUGCUGUGUGUGGUGUGGAGGCUGCGGCAUGGCUCCCAGGAAAGGAGAGCUGACUGAGGACGAGAGGCUGCUGCUCACUCACAUCUCCCAAGGGAACAUUCAGGAAACUCGAAGGCUAUUAGGAAGCAAGGAUGUCCGUGUUAACUGUUUGGAUGAGCACGGAAUGACUCCUCUUAUGCAUGCAGCCUACAAAGGAAAGGUGGAUAUGUGCAAACUUUUACUGCAACAUGGAGCAGAUGUCAACUGUAAUGAACACGAGCAUGGGUACACAGCAUUGAUGUUUGCUGGCCUUUCAGGGAAAAAAGAAAUUGCUUGGCUGAUGCUGGAAGCUGGAGCUGACACAGAUGUGGUCAACUCCGUUGGGAGAACAGCUGCACAAAUGGCAGCUUUUGUAGGCCAGCAUGACUGUGUCACAGCAAUCAACAAUUUUUUCCCGAGAGAAAAACUGGAUUAUUACACCAAACCUCAAGGGUUAAAUAAAGAACCUAAAUUACCGGCAAAAUUAGCUGGACCCUUGUACAAAGUCAUCACAACCACAAAUUUGCAUCCUGUUAAGAUUGUCUAUCUAAUAAAAGAGAACCCCCUUUUGAUGGAGACAGAAGCUUUAAAGAAGUGUUGCACCGUGUUGGAUUUAAUCUGUGAAAAAUGCAUGAAGCAAAAGGACAUGAAUGAAGUUUUGGCCGUGAAAAUGCACUAUAUCAGUUGCAUAUUGCAAAAAUGCUCUACUUUUCUCCAGGAUCAGGAAGACAAACUUGAUACAUUUAUUAAAAAUUUAUUAAAAGGCAGAGAUCCAGACUGCUUCCCUGUGUUCCAGGAGAAGCUUAUCCGAGAAUGCAUCAGGAAGUUCCCCUACUGUGAAGCAACAUUACUGCAGCAGCUUGUCAGAAGCAUCGCUCCAGUGGAAAUUGGCUCUGAUCCCACUGCAUUCUCAAUACUUACUCAAGCUAUUACUGGACAAGUGGGCUUUAUCGAUGCAGACUUUUGCACCACGUGUGGAGAGAAGGGAGCCACCAAGAGAUGCUCCGUGUGCAAACUGGUGAUAUAUUGUGAUCAGAACUGCCAGAAACUUCACUGGUUCACACACAAAAAAGUCUGCAAAAUGCUGAAGGAGAAGAGAGAGAAGCAAGAACAGGAAGCAGCCAAAGAGAAGAGAAGACAGGAAAAGCUAGCUCAGAAAGCAGAGGAAAUAAAAAUUGAUGAACAACUUGCAGAGACGGAAGGAGCAUGUAAUUCCCAAACAGACGCAUCCGGAGAAGCAGAAUGUUCAGCCAUACAAAGUGCAGCAGAAGGAUUGGAGGGAAGCAAAUUGGUUUCUCCUUCCUCUGAACACACUGCUGAAACUAAUUUUUCUCAGACCACAAAUGAUACCGAGGCAUAAAGGUGUUUCCAUCAGCUUACAAUCAAUUCUGUGAAAUGUUCUCUCAAGAUCUGGAGGGGCAGAAACUUUAGAAAAAUGUACCAGUCCGUAAAGUUUGUGGCAUCCGCAAAGGCUUCUGCCGCUAUAUGUCUUGUGCUUGAGAGAUGCAUUUUGACUGCUGAGCUUGGUAUGGUACUGUGAAUACUUAUGUGCUUAAAUAUUUACCAUCCACGGAGUUGCAAUGACACACACAGAGGUUGUGGUUAAAAAAAAAAAAAAUCCCCCAGUCCAAAGAUAGAUAUAAGC